GAUAUAAAUGUAACAUUUCUUUUUACUCGGCUUCAACGUUAACGUUACUUGAGUUUCGUGCGUGUGAUUUUUUCCUUUUUGAUUCUUUUCAAAAUACAGACAGACUUAAUCAUUUUCCCGCACCGGCAUGUUUUAGUACAACACAGUUAGUUACGUUUCGAUUACUUUUCGCCCGUUUGCCACCCUCCCCCAUUCAAGUCAUUCGUUUUAAGAGCAUUAAAUUCUCAAGCAACUCAAAAGUGGUCUGACAGGCCAACAGGCAAAUAAAAAUUCAAACAUUAUCACCGAUUCCCGUGCAUUUUGAAAGCAAAAUUGUUCAAGUUCAAGCCAAUCGAUAUCGAUACCUCUGUGGCCACGCCAGCCACACAUACCUGAGCCACCUACGUAGAACCGACGUCCGGAGUAGAACCCAUCCCAUCCCAACCGGCGCUACGAUGAAGCCCGACCAGAUAAACCGCCUGAUCAAAGUGAAUACCCGAAUGCAGCCCUGGUUCUUGCGCAACACCAGCGAGCUGUACGAAAGUGCCGUUAGGACGUACUAUGAGCGCGGCUACAGUUCACACAAUCGACACCCGCGUUUCCGGACGGAGAACGUUGGUCCUUUGCGCCGGAUCAAGAGGGCGGAGGCGAAGCCCAGUGCCAACGACAACUAUCCGCGCAGCCACAUCAUGCAGGCGGAUCAGGCGUCGGCGGCCAGCAACGGCAAUUCCGGCCAAUUUCUGUACUCGAUGAUGCAGGCGAAUCGUUCGCGCUCCAUGUCCUUUACGGCGGCUCGUCCUUACGCCUCCGUUUACGGCCAGAGUUCCGUGCGAAGGGUCGCCAGUUCGAGCUGCUCCAGCGGGCGCAGUAGCGAGUCAUCCCGCACCGGGAUCCUGGUCGGUUCCUUGCGCAAGAGCAAGGCGAAGCGGGAGCGCAAGAGCCGAUCGAUGCGCAAAAGCAGCGACUCCAAAGAGGACAACCACCUGGUGGUGGACAUGGGCAUGUUCAGUGGCCGAUCCAUGAGCAUGCCACCCCGACCAUCCGCGUCUGCUUUGGGAUCCGUAGCGAUGAUGCCGCCGAGCAGGAAACACCACAUUGCGGCCAUGGCGAAGAGCACACUGGCCCAGGGCAUCCAAAUGCCACGGAACGAUGGCGACGCCCUAAUGCCGGUGGAUGCCGCCCUCAAGCGUCGCAUUUCGGUGCUGAGCAAGUUGGAUGGCGGGCGCAAGCGGUCCGGACUCGGUGGGGCGACCGGAAAUGGCAGCACCAUCACCAGAAACGGACGCCAGCCGUCGGAGAUGCGCCUCCGCUUCCAGACUUUGGGCGAUCGCAUCAAGCAGUUCGAGUACAUCCAGUUCGCCGAUGGACCCGUGGCCACUUAUGCCUUCAAUCGGAGCCAGCAGAGACCCAUCAAUACCACCAUCCGUGAUUCGCCAAGGAGUCGAAUUGAAAAGCACUCGGCAAGGUCAACCAAUACCAACAACACCACCAAUGCCACCAAUGCCGCCAAUGCCACCAAUGCCACCACAUCCAACGCCGCCACGCGGCGUUUGCAGGUGAGACAACAGCCGCGCCAGCUCAGCUUCCACAAUGUGCUGCACGCCAACUAUCGCCAGAGGAGCCGUAGCCUGGAGUCCGGCGCGGUUCAGCUGAUGGAAUCCCUGGAAACCAUGGCGCGACCCGCCACUCCACUCGGUCCGCGGGGAUUCGAUGGAACCACUCGGGGAUCCAGCCUGGACAGCAGUUCGCGGACUAGUUUCAGGCCCAGCCCCUCGACCAUCACAUGGGAUAAUUCUUUGGGAGGAUAUGAAGAUGGAUUGGGCAAAAGGUCGGUAGCCGAUUUCGGAUGUUCAAAGAGUUCGGAAGACACAUCGGGCGAUUGGGAUGUUAAUCCAGGUGAAGAUUGGCGCAAGUACCCCAGAUCAAGUAGCCCAUGCGCAACGGAUUUGAUAACCAAUGUAACUAAAUCAGACAACGCUUCGGUGGGAAACGCGAGUGGUAGUAGCCAAAAUUGGGAAUUCCCAUCUGGAUCUGCGACAAAAUUACGCUCGAUUGAAGGGAUAAAGAUUAAGGACGAUACUACGGAAUCGACAACAGUGAAUCCGGAGCAUGGUAGAGCCAAUUCCGGUUCCACUUCCCAAGGCACUUCGCAAGCCACCUCGGGAUCGGCUUCAGUCCAAGAUGAGCCCAGUAGAGCCACCGUUGCACCCGUGCGUCGCGUCCAAUUGCAGCAACAGAGUCUGCAGAUCUCACCCAAAGUGGAUGAACCAACGAGCGAGGAUCUGCCACUCAGCCUGCUCGACGUCAAGGACAUGGUGAAGAACAAGCUGCCGCUGGAGAGUCCACAGGACAUGCCGCGAGUGACCAAGGUGACCAGCAACCAGGUGAGCCGCUCCAGCCAUCGAUCCUUCCUGCAGUCGGCCAAAGAGGCCGACUUGACUGCGGCUAAUCCGUGCAAGAAAGCGCAGACGCAUCGAAAGCAGGAGAAGAAUCUAAAGCGGGAGGACAGGACUGCAGCCCAACUCAAGGGAGCCAAUCAGCUGCUGGUGGCGAGUGCCUCGCAGGUCUCGGCCUACAAGCGCGCCUUCCGCACCCAGCAGCAGAUACUCAAGGCGGAGAUCCUCCAUCAGCAGGCGCAGCAUCUGCAGGAAUCCCCGAUAAGUCCAUCAGCCAUCGAGGGGUCCAAACAAACCUCCAAGCUGCAGAGUCACCACGGCUCGACACAAUCAACCACCUCCAGUCGGUGCAAUGCUCGAGCGAUGGUCAGACGCAGUGCAGCCAGUUCGAAGCAGGUGGUAUCCAAAGCGGGCACUGUGACUCAUUCGUCAUUAACAGCGAGACCAGAAUUAGAUAGAUUGGUUCUGAAAACGAGGGGAUUGAAACGAUCACAGAUGAAGACAGCAGGUGAGCAGCUUUUUAAAGCUGCUACUGCAACAGCGCCUUUAACAGCGAAGCGGACUGCUGCAAUUGUGCUAACGGCAAAAACAACAGCGAAAAAGGGGAAUGGAGCUGCGAUUUCUGGUGGAGGAGGGGGAAGGGGAGUUGGAGUUGGUGGAGCUGGUCGGAGAUCGGGAAAGGAAACGCCGACAGCAGCAGCGGCGACAACAACACGUCGAUCGUUGCAGUUGCAGUCGCAGUCGCCGUCGGCGUCGCAGUCGGCGCAGCAGCGGCGUCAGUUCCACUUUCCAUAUUUCCCAUGGCGUCCCAGCUACUGAGUGUUCACUGUGUCCCGCCAUGUCGCCCGUGCUCACCCACUUACUACUCUCGCAAUUGUUCCCACCAUGAAGCGUGAGAGAGAUAGACAGACAGACAGAUAAAUCCAAUGUAACGGUCAACUUAACAGUACAAUAAAAUCUCACGAAAUCAA